ACCUCUUUCUUUACCCGGAAGAAACUGUAGCUGUUACUGGAGACCGAAGAUGUUUGAACUAGUAGGCAUGUCUUCUGAUGACUGUUCAGUUGAAAGUAUUGGACAGCUUCCUCCAGACUUGUUUGCAGAAUCAUGCCAACAGAUUAUGAUGCACUUGCAAGGACAGAUCCCUGGUGUAGACACAGCUGAGCUCUGUGAGAGAUUUCAAAAAGCUGGUGUCCAAUUAAACUUGGAGGCUGUUGAGAAGAUAGUAAACAUCGUUUUGUUUCUUUUCAGAACAGCAAUAAAAAGUAAUUGGACUGCAGGGCAACUAGUCACCAAGCUGGCUGAAGGGAGCAGCAAAUGGUCAAAGCCAGCUUUGCAGGUUAUUCAGCGAAUCUGGAAUGAACAGGGCAAACUCCUCCAUUCACAGGAGGAUCCCAGCCGCAUGAUAACAGUUGGUCAGCUGGUAGAUUUCCAAUGGAAGCUGGCCAUGGCAAUUAGUUCUGACACCUGUAGGUCUCUGAGUUAUCCUUACAUCUCCAUGACAUUAAAAGUGGCCAAUUCCUCUGGGCAGAUAACCAGCAAAUCUUUUGAAAUGACUAUGCCUCAAUUUCAGAAUUUCUUCAAACAGUUCAAGGAAAUGGCAGCUGUUCUAGAAACAAUUUAAUGUUCAUAUUAAUUGUACCUUAUUCAUAAUGUUCCUCCAACAAAUAAUUAUUAAUGAUAAUAUUUACACUGGUGGUGGGAGUCAGUUUUGUUUGCUGGCUGUGCUUUGAGAGAUGCAGUGGGAGACUACUUGGUCCUAUUCAUGAAACAUCAACUCAAGUUGGGAGAUAAAAGGACUGCGUAGUAAACUGUCGGCUGUUUCUAAACAGUGUGGAUGUGGUCUUAUAACCUCCCCUCCACAGUUCCAGACGUGAAAAUACUUUCUAAACUAGCAAAUAAAUACUGUGCAACUAAGAAAGCAACUAAUCCUAGACCUGCCACUGACUAAAUAAUAAAUAAUAAUAAUUAUUAUUGUUGUUGUUAUUAUUAUUAUUAUUUCAGGACUAUUUUCCUUAAACUUCUCAGCGGAAAGGUACCCAACAAAUUGUUAACUUAAUGUUAAAUCUAGGUUUUAAUAUGUUGUUUUAAUAAAAAUAAUAAUAAAAAAAUUAAUU